CCAAAAAGUUUCAAUUCUGAUAAAACCGGCUGUGAUUUCCGCACUCCAAAUCCAUGACAACAAUUUCCGAUAAUUAAAACCCUAAAUCUCAGUUUUUUCUUUCUCGAGUUUUUAAGUAUUUAACCUUAAAAUUUGAGUUUUUACGAAUUCAUUACAGAAUUUAAUCAGAACUAAAGAAAACACAACUUAAAUAUGCCAGAAACUCAAAAACUCAUCAAUGAGUUUAUUACCAAACUCGGAAAACGGAAAGUUGAAGGUUCACAAGCAACAGCUUUAAUGACAGCUGAUUUGCUUAGAUCAGUAAUUUCUCAUAUGAAGGCGCCGCAAACCAACCAGGCUUCCGCUCUUAUUGAUGCUGUUAAAAGUGUUGGUGUUCAGCUCAUUGAUGCUAAUCCUGUCGAGCUUGCGAUUGGGAAUAUUGUGAGGCGGGUUCUGCAUAUUAUCAGAGAGGAAGAACUUUCACUUGUCUCAAAUGCUGUUGGAGGGUUGAGAUUAUCUACCUCUGAUGAUAAUCUAGAAAUUGAAAACAAGGGAGAUAUCCAAAUUCAGAAUCCUGCUGGUAGAAGCUUAAUGCGUCAACCUUCGUUGCAUACCCUUUUGGACUUCGAGUUUGAUUCAGCAAUAGGAGAUUACUCUGCUCCUUUAGGAGAUUGUUUUGAAGGAAAAAGCAAAUCUGCAGAAAGAAACGUAAAGAGCUGGAAAUUGAAGAAUGAUGUGAUAGAGGGAAUUAAUUCAGUCAUUGAAGAGUUGAAUACAUGCCAUGAUCAUAUUGCAGAACAAGCAGUGGAGCUUAUUCAUCAAAAUGAGGUGAUAUUAACUUUAGGUCGUUCAAGAACUGUGAUGGAGUUCCUAUGUGCUGCAAAGGAGAAAAGAAGGUCAUUUCGGGUUUUUGUUGCGGAAGGGGCUCCAAAGUAUCAUGGUCAUGUCCUUGCAAGAGACUUGGCUCAAAAAGGCUUACAAACUACCUUGAUUACAGAUUCUGCAGUUUUUGCAAUGAUUUCUCGAGUUAAUAUGGUUAUAGUAGGAGUUCAUGCUGUGAUGGCUAAUGGCGGUGUCAUCGGCCAAGUUGGCUUGAAUAUGGUUGCACUUGCUGCUCGGAAGCAUGCCGUUCCAUUUGUUGUGGUUGCUGGUACUCACAAGUUAUGUCCACUGUAUCCUCAAGAUCCAAGGGUCAUCUUAAAUGAGAUGAAAUGUCCAUCUGACCUCUUGGACUUCGGAGAAUUCUCGGACUGCAUGGAUUUCGGAAGUGGCAGUGGUGCUCCUAUGAUUCAUGUUGCCAAUCCUGGAUUUGAUUAUGUUCCUCCAGAGCUAGUCAGCCUUUUCAUCACAGACGUAGGAGGAUAUAACCCUUCGUUUAUCUUCCGCCUUCUUGCUGAUUAUUACUCUGCCAAUGAUCUGAUUCUGCAAAAACAGACCGCCGCUUAGAAAAGGCAUAGCAUAAAAAGCUGCAGAAGUUUUGAUACUGUAAAGAUAGAACAAGGACAGAAAAACAGCUGAAAAGAUGAAGAGUUUACGCUAACACCACGAUUUCUGCUCGUGCUGGGUGAAGUGAUAUGUUGAGGAUAGAAAAUACAAAAACUUGAAGAGUAUUUUGCACAUUUGUUUUGACAAAUUUAUAGGAAUAGGACCUUUAUUUGCAAGGAAAAAAAUCUUAGGGAACUUAUUGAUUAGCUAACUAUUUACAAUACAAUUAGCAUCCCAGAAAGAUAUGUUAUAUCAA